CUGUGCGCAUCGUCUUGUGAGUUGAGUAUUUGAGAUUAUAAAAAUUGGCCUUUUUAAUUUGGGCUCUUCUAUUUGGCGCUUGUAGUAGUAGUUUCAAUCACUUCAGCGUUCCAUAAGUGUUAUGGGGAACUAUCACAUUUACAUGGUUGGGAUUUUGGCGUUCAUCAUCGUGCGCUGCAGAUGUAGGCCUAUCGGCCGAGAUGGACACGAUACUAUCAGACAACAACACAACUGCUGAAGAUGAUUGCAACGACGAGUAUUACUCGCCUUGCAGUUGCCGAAGAGAUCGUUACAAUAACCAGAGUAUUUUUGUCGUGUGCUCUAAAGCUUCCGUUACGCAAGUGCGGGACGUUUUCAGACGAUCUACUCAUCCGCAGAUGUACUCGUUCAGCUUUUUGGCCAACCACAACGAUCCGCCAAUGACAAUUUAUGCGGUGCCUGUUGACUUUUUGGCAGACAAACGAGCAACACGCAUUUCCCUUUACGGUUAUUCAAAAGGCUCGUCGUGGCUGCCCAAAUUGGCCAUCGAUUCUUUAGCUUUCCGCUCGACGAAAGCAAACGUCAGAUUUCUAGAGCUUUCCUAUUGGGACUUGCUCUUGCAAACCGACUUUAGCUUUUUGCAAGGGUUUCACGGGUUAGAGCAGUUGACGCUGUCGUUCAAUGACAAUUUGGCGGCUUUCCAAUACCUUCCGGUUCCGUUUCCAGCUCUGAGGUCCCUUUACAUUCAUCACUGCAGUGACUUGAAACAAGCCCCAUUUCCCAAUUUGACUUUAUCGAACAGCAAUUUAGAGGAACUGUCGAUGCCGUACAACGAUCUAGACGAUCAAACGGUCAACGAGACACUAGCGUCGCUCGUUGCUGGAGGUUUAUCCAACUCGAUUUCGAGCAUCGACGUGAGUGGCAAUCGGUUGACGACUAUGCCCAAUCAAAUUGCGUUCUUCUCGCAUCUAACUUCGCUGUUCGUCACCGAUAAUUCUAUUUCAUGGAUACCCUCAUCUUCGAUAAGCUUCACGUCGCCCCAUAUUAAUGUGAAUUUCCUACACCUGAAUGGCAACAACAUUAUUGGCAUAGAGAGUGAUGCAUUCAAAGGCAAUUUCUCGACGACCCAAGUUGGUUUGAAUUUCAACCGACUCACCUUAUUCGAAGAAAAUGUCUUUAAGGAUAUGUUGGAGCAAAUGGUUUCCAUCCAGCCGGCCAUCGGUUCCGUCAUCGUUUCCUCAAAUGCUUUCGUUUGCGGAUGCGAUCUGGCCUGGCUGAUUCGUGAUCAUCGUCACCUGCUUCCGGUCGUGAAAGGCGGAGUUUGUUCGUCAAGGAUGUCUUUCGAGGAGUUGGACCCCCAAUCGUUUGUUGGUUGCUAUGAACAGACAACAGUUGAUUCCUUGACGACUGACAACAGUUCAUCAAACGGGGCCUUUUCUUCGGCAACGGCCAAACUAUACAUCCUGCAGCUUAUUGGUCUUACAUUCCUUACUUUUGUGCAAACCAUGCAACUGUAAUAGGAUGAUGAAUGAAUGCUACUUUUUCGC